GCCUUGCUUGGCACGGCCGGCUCGGAGCCGGCGUGUUUAGCCUUGGCCCUGGCAGUUCCUGCUUGCAAAAGAAAGCUGCUCCCUGCUCUCUCCGGUUGCAGUUGGACGAGCUCUGGAUGCAAGGAGGAGAAAAAAAUAACAGUGCAGCUGUAAGAUGAAGCCUCCACCUGGGCGCAGCACAAGGCUGGCAUUCUGCUUGUGCUUCCUUCUGCUGAACUUGGCUCCCCUCUGUCUUCCCCUCCCGCUCUGGAAGGACAGAGACUCCCUGAUGCAGGAGGAGAAAGCCUGUCAGACAGGGGGUAACCUGGUGCUGGACAGGCAGGAGCAGCAGCUCAGUGCGAAGCUGGUAAGCCUCAAGGAGGAGGAGGUGGCUACUGCCAUGAACACAGGGCUGUUCCCUCCAAGCAUGCACUUCUUCCGGGCCAAAAGCCUCAUCGACCGGAGCGCAGUGUUCAGCAUCUUAAAGCGCAUGCCAAAAGGUGCUGUCUUACACCUGCACGACUAUGCCAUCCUGAGCGUGGACUGGCUGGUAUACAACGUCACCUACAUGCCCAACUGCUACAUUUGCUUCACACGCACCGGUGCUGUUCACUUUAGGUUUUCCAAGCCUCACCCUCCUCAUCCCGUGCCAGCCCAGUGCUCCCGGUGGGUGUUGCUGGAGACCUACCGGAAGCAGCUGCCCAACGUGACCGAGUUUGAUAAGAGCUUGCUGAGAAACUUGACCCUGGUGACGGAUGCCCCUGAGCUGGCCUACCCUUCUGAGGCUCACAUUUGGAGAAGAUUUGAAGAAGUCUUUCUUACUGCCUCUGGGCUUAUCUGCUAUGCACCUGUGUUCAAGGCCUAUUUCUACCAGGGGCUGCUGGAACUCUAUGAGGACAACAUACAGUAUGUCGAGAUAAGAGCUCUCCUGCCUGAGGUAUACGAACUUGAUGGCACUCGGCAUGAUAAGUCAUGGUCCAUGGCAGCGUACCAAGAAGUGACCAAGCAAUUUGUGGAAGAUCAUCCUGACUUUGUUGGAGCAAAGAUUAUAUAUACAGCACACAGGAAGCUGAAUGUUUCCCAGAUAAAAGACGUCAUCGUCACUGCCAUGGCACUCAGAGCCCGCUUCCCAGAUUUCCUGGCAGGCUUCGAUCUGGUAGGCAAUGAGGAUGAAGGUCAUUCUUUAUGGGAGCUGAGAGAUGCCUUGACCAUCCCAUAUUCCCUGGGGGUCAACUUGCCAUACUUUUUCCAUGCUGGGGAGACCGACUGGCAGGGCACCUCUGUAGAUAAUAACGUGCUGGAUGCUCUGCUACUGAAUACCAGCCGGAUUGGCCAUGGACUUGCCCUCAGUAAACACCCAGCAGCCAAAAAAUUAUCUCUGAAGAAGGAUAUUCCCAUAGAAGUCUGUCCUAUCUCCAACCAGGUGCUGCUGUUUGUCGCUGACCUGCGGACUCACCCCGCUGCCAACCUCAUGGCUGAAGGACACCCCAUCGUGAUCAGCCCUGAUGAUCCUCCUAUCUUUGGGGCAAAGGGGGUCUCCUAUGACUUCUAUGAGGUGUUCAUGGCCAUCGGAGGGCUGAGCGCUGAUUUGAGGACCUUAAAGCAGCUUGCACUGAACUCUAUAAAAUACAGUGCCAUGCUACCAGAAGAGCAAGCCAAAGCUAAAGAGGUCUGGCAGAAGAAAUGGGACCAGUUCAUCGCAGAUCUCUCUGACAGCUUUUUGAGGGAGCUUUAGAAGGAGGAGAGCCAUCUCAGAAAGCAACUGGCAAGUCAGGGUGAGCCAGGCUUAUUGCUAAUGCAGAGAGAGUGCUUCUGCCACGGGGCUUGAGCAGACGAGCCUGUCAGUCUCACUUGGGAAUGGACGAUUCUGGUAAACUAGACAAUGCUAAGAAUGAGCUGUGCUACACUAUGAAAGUCUUUGACUGCAGCUAAAAUGCAGUCAUGAGCCUUUAUGACAGCAGUAGCAACAACAACAAAAUGCCCCACUCAAAAUGACAUAGUCAAAAUAGCUAGAAAUUGCCAGUGACCAAAUCCCGACAUCCUUGCUCAGGGAAAACAUGGUUUCUAAUUAGAGGCAGUGGGAGCUUGCCAACAUGAGGAUCUCUGAAUUUUGCCUUAUCAUUACAAAACGCAGACCUUGUCCGGAAACAGCUAAGACAAACAUCGAGCCAUUUGGGCCACUGACCUUCAGGAGAGCAAGGACUGAAAACGACUCUUGUUAUGUUUAACCCUGGGCCUGCUGCCAAAAUAGCACUGCUAGGUCGAAGGACCAGUCAUGGGCCUGUCGUCUGCUAUUUCAGGACUUACCAGUGCUGCAAACAAGUUGAUGGAACUGUACAAAUGCUCCCAGAACGUUUAAGCUUGGUCACACAGGCAUCACAAAACUAAAAAGCAGCACCUCACUUGCUGACAGGUUUUUUUCAGGCAGAGCCCUUUUCUGUCCUCUGGUCACACGGAAACUUCUUUUAACUAUAAAGGGAAAAAAACCACAUGCACAAAAAACGCAACCACUGCUUCCCAAGCCCAGCUUAAUUAAAACUCUGAUCCUGCAUGUUAACCAAGGCCUCUGCAUUUAUAGAAAGCUUCUUUUGGUUUCAGGGGGUUCUACUGUGGGCCUGUGUUGCCUAAAUCAGAGCAGAGAUAUGCCCUUGUUCAGCCUAUGUCCGUAUCAGAUGGAUCUUCACCUUGAAAGAGCUAUUCUCAUGCUUUGGAUAUUAAUAUUUUCACAGGGAUAUCUGUAAUUACCAGUUCUUUGGCAGAAAAGUAUUGUGGCAACUACACAAUACGUAGUGUUGAGACAAGCAGAUUCCCUUGCUUAGCAACAUCAGAAAUAUUGGGGAAAGGAAUAGUUUCAGGAUGACUACUUUGUAUAAGGGAGAUUUAAAAAUAAAAUAAAAACAAACCUUAAGCAGAGUUCUAAGCAAAUUCAGCAAAAUCCUUCAGCACAAAGGUUGAAAGGCCACAUAGCCCGACUAUGCAGCCAGGAUCAGCUGGUGUCUCUCUUGACUUCAGGGGGAUCACACUGGUUUGCCUCAGCUGAGGGGGCUGCCACCUGCAAUUUACUCUUCUGGCCACUGAGGGAUGCCUCCCUCCCCAGACAGAGCCUAUGACUUGCUCUGCCAUUGCUUGAUCUGAACAGGUCAGGCUAAUCAUCAGGCUUUACAUUUUCUGCUAAUUGUUCGGAGCUGCCUGGCCAUGGUGUUUAUUUACCCUCAGGUAAAACACCAGAGUGGAACAAGACACCACUUACUACAGAAGCUGAUCAAGCUGCACAGCCUGUGCGUCCCUUGCACACAAAGUAUUAAUUUGCCCACAUUUCACAGGCUGCAAGUUUACAUCCAGCUAUCUCAGGCAAAGACAAACCAAAGCCACAACAAACUGAAGGCAUCUGAAUUGCAGAACACAAGCCAGCAGAAAAAAAAACAAACCACAGAAAGAACUUUGCUAAUCCAGUGAGUUUAGCUCCUCACACCACUACCCCUUACAGUUACUGCCAGGCCAGCUCUCUGCCCACAGGACCCACACCUUGCUCUGAAGCUCAGCAGCUGCUCUUGCUAAACUGCCCUUCAAGGGUCUCCUUGCAGAGCUGAGGGUGGGAAGGAGCUUUAUCUGGGAGGAGGAGCCAAGGAGGAGCAACUUCUCCUGUGGGUGCCACAUACAGGGCUCAAAGUCAAGUCCCCAAGGUUGCUGUUUCUUGGAGUCAGAUCGUAAGUGCUGACUGCGGACAUGUCUUUUAUGCUGAUGUGCUGCAAAUAGGUGGAACAACUGCUAACAAGUGACCUAAAGUCAAGUCCCUCUGAGCCCCCUGGUAUUUCAGCUUGCUACGUGUCCACGGAGGAAGAUCUCCUAUUUGCUAGGAGCUGAUCCUCCCUUUAGGGAGCCUCUCUGCCCCACAGUGAAGCUAAUCCGUAGAGACUGUAUGUGGGAGGAGCUGAGGUCCUUAGCACAGGUUUACCCACCGCUAUUCCUUCCCUACUUUAGUAAGCAGGAAAGGUUUUAGCUCUUAGAUUAUUGACCUGUACACUUCCUGCACGUAUUUUCUUGGGGGUUACCUGUAUUUCUCCCCACUCACUAUCAGCAAGCAGGCUCAGCUCUGCUGGUUGCUGAACGCUUGCUGAGACCAGCCUGCCUGGUUUGUCCAUAUGGUGCUCACCUUCCUAUGAAGAACUUCCUGUGCAUUAGGUCACUGCCAUGCUUUCCAACAGGAACCGUGAUGAACACAAGUUGCCUGAUGUCUGGAGCCCACCAGGACGAUGCUGCUCAGGCUGGUAGCACAGCAGCCACUGUGGGGGUUUCAAGCUGGGCAGGUCUCAGGUGACCUUAAGUUCCUCAAACGGAGCCCUCAGAAAGGUAGAGCGUGGCCCUCAUCGGCCUGUGUCUGGAUCUGUGACUCCUAGUGAUUCCUUUCUGCAGAAGAAAUCUGUCUGAGGGUUUGCAGAACCCUAAGCAGAAGCUUUCUCAUCCAAAUCACAUAUAUUUAAAUGUGAACUUGAAUUGAAUGGA